AUGGAUGGAAGUGAGAUUUGGCAAAAGUUCCUUAAAAGUGGAAGUUACAGACGACAGUUAUCAAAGUACAAACGUUUAGAGUUGAAUAAUAAUUGUAAGCCAUCGAAUAGUUACAGCUUCGCUACGGAAUCGAGCCUGAAGGAUAAAAAAAUUGAACAGGUGUAUGCAACCGUCGAGAGUAAUCGAAACGAUAAUGUUGAAGCAGAAGUGUAUGACAAAUACUCUAACUACGAGCUGGAUGUUGAAGAGGUCUUUGAACCAACACUGGAUUAUAGUACAGAAGAAGCAUCAAAUUCUCAAGAGGAUGAUACCAAUAAUACUCUGAGUUUAGCCUCUUUCAUUCAAAAUUGGAGCUUGGAAUACAAAAUCCCUCACGCUGCUUUAAAACCAUUGCUAAAUCGGUUAUAUAUCGUAGAUCGAACGCUACCCACAGAUCCACGUAGGUUGCUUGGAACCCAUCAUAAAGAACCAGAUCUAGUCAAAAUUGAAGGUGGCCAGUAUGGGCAUCAGGGAUUAGAUGCAUGUCUACGUCGAGUGUUUUGGGAUCUCAAUCAGUCACGAUGUAUUUCUAUUAACUUAAACAUAGACGGGCUACCGCUAUACAAAAACGGCACCGAUCAAGUAUGGCCAAUUUUGAUGAAUAUUUUCGAUUUACCAGAAAUGAAGCCAAUGAUCAUAGGCAUAUUCCAUGGUAAAAGCAAACUUAAAUUUGUUGAAGAAUUCCUGAAGCUGUUCGUGGAUGAAGCUGAACCAAUUUUGAAAUCCGGAAUCUCUAUCAACAACAAUCUGUUAUCAGUCAAAAUCAGAGCAUUUAUCUGUGAUUCCCCCGCAAGGGCAUUUAUCAAAGGUUCAGUGAACUUUACUUCGUUUCAUGGAUGCUUGAAAUGCAUCACUGUUGGAGAACGUUCUAAUGAUCUGCCAGUAAAUAUUUUUCCUGUCACAAAUGCCUCAAAACGAACAGAUGAAGGAUAUCGUAACAGAUCAUAUGGUGAACAUCAUCAAGUUUACAAAGUUCGAGAAAAUGGAAAACUUAAACAGAUAUUCGUCGCAACGCCUCUUCGCCGUUUGCCUAUUGACAUGGUUGAAGAGAUAAUUGUGUCAGACUCGCUGCAUCUGUUACAUUUAGGAAUUACAAAAAAAACUGUUGAAAAUUUAUAA